AUGGAAGGAUACACACCAAUGUAUCUAGAUACCGGUGUGAUUACAUCUCCAAACUAUCCGUCAAACUACCCACAAUAUUAUCAUGGGUACAGCAACAGAACUGGUCCCAACCAUGCCGGGUUUGUUGCAGCAAUUAAUAUUCCCAGUGACGUGCAGUACGUGGAACUGACGUUCACGACGUUUGACAUAGAAGAAUGCGGUUCAGACUGCACCUGUGACGGCCUCUACAUCAGCGGCUUGGCUCAACCGAUGUGUGGCAACUCCCUGCCAAAUGGGGACGGGAUAGUGAAAAUUGACCAUCAUCAGAUAAGAGACGGGAAGUUAGUGUUCGGUUUCUACUCUGACACCUCCACCACCAGACAAGGUUUCUACCUGAAAUACCACAUCGUGCGUGCUGCUGGCGGAACGUCGCCUUCGACUGGGUGUAGCUACGUCACCUGUCCGUACUGUCCAUAUGGUUCACAUUACAGUCGUGACAUGUACGGAUGUCAAGUGUGCCAGUGUCACUCUGCGCCUGCAACGACGUCGCAUCCCAUUGUCUCCGCCCAGCGUAGCCUCCUUCUGCAGAUCCUGAUGAAUCUGGAACAUCGAGCAGAAACCCUCGAGAAGUCAGUUCACGAUCUUCAGGAGCAACUCCAGAUGGCGCUAGGUGUCAUGCAAGGAGGGCUGGUCAGACGGAACUCACCCGGGGAGGAGAAGACGAAACAAUAGUGUGAAAUAAAAUAUAAAUCGUCCUGGAGGAACGGAUGUCCUUGUGUAGAUGAACCACCGGACAGUGAUUUAUGGGGGCAUGACCUUAAUACGAGCUUUGUUAUGUUAAUGAUUUCAGAUUCAGGGCGACCAACCUAAUUGAAAUAUUUUUCCGGAAUUUUCUGAUAUUUUCAUUUUUAUGCGCGCUAACGCCCUUUACAAAACAAUAAUUUAAAGCACGCGAAAACGCUAUUUUUUAAUGAAAGUAAUUUUAAACAGCGCGAAAAAUGUCAUGUUUGACAUAUAUUUGCAAAAUGACAAUACAAUGAGUAUAUAAUUAUUAUAUGUGAAUUGGAACUACCCCAUAAAAAGACCUCCCCCACCCACAUAUACACCAAAAAUCAUCAACAAGUUCACACAAAAUCCCCUUAAAAACCCACUUUAUUAGAAAAUAUUGUAUUACAGUUUAAGACUCCUACCUACAGAUUGGUAAUAAAGUGACAAACAAACUUGGGACCAAUGUUAUUUUUAUGUAGGUAGGCCUACAUCAUAUGCAUGUAGUGGGGUCGAACUGAUUUGUGGCGAACUGGUUCGGGGACGAAACCACUACCCACAUUAAG